UCGCACGCGGAAGGGAACCCGCCAUUGAAGCAAAUUCACAACGUGAGUGUUUCGUCGAAGUAGAGUUUAUUUUACAAGCUCCGGUUUUUCUUCUCAUACCCGUCGUCGGUAUUUUUUUUUGGAGGGAUGGCGUACAGAGGACAAGGACAGAAGGUCCAGAAGGUCAUGGUGCAGCCCAUUAACCUCAUUUUCAGGUACCUACAAAAUCGCUCAAGGAUCCAGGUGUGGCUGUAUGAACAGGUGAACAUGCGGAUAGAGGGCUGUAUUAUUGGUUUUGAUGAGUACAUGAACCUGGUUCUUGAUGAUGCCGAAGAAGUUCACAUGAAAACUAAGAACAGAAAGCCAUUGGGGAGGAUCAUGUUGAAAGGAGACAACAUUACCUUGCUGCAGAGUGUGUCCAACUAGGACAAUGCAAGCACCUGAAUAUCCUACCUUACCUGGAAAGAAAUAUUUUCCCUUGUUUUUUUUUUCUUUUUCAAAAGCUUGAGUACGUUUGUGUUUUUGUAACAUGAAUAUUGUGAUUGUUUCUUUCUACUUCAUGGAUCCAUUUUGAGAAUAAAGUUUGCGUUUCUUA